AUGUGCCAGUCGGCCGGCCCCCCCACCCCCACUCCCGGCCGGCCUCCGCAGCUAGCUCCGCGCCCCGGUCCGCGGCUUCCUGCCGCUCGGUGUCCCUCGACGGCCCUCGGCGAAUCUCCGCCGUUCCCGCCCCCCGGAGAGUUCAAAAGGACGCGCGGAGCGGCGCCGGGCCCUUUCCGCGGCAGCCCGUCCGACAGGGAAGGUGAGCACGCGGAGGAGGGCACCUGGGGAGGGCGGGAGGCCCAGCCGAACCCGGGGGCCGCGAGCACACGGCAGUCGCCUCGGCCGCGGGAGCGACGCCAGCCCAGAGCGGCCGGAGCCUUCCGUCGCGGCCGCUCGGAAACGCCCGCCCCGGACGGCCGGACUCAUGCGCCGCGGGCUGCCCCGGGAGCCUUGUGCCGAUCUGCUCUCUCUCCACUUGCUGCGAUGACUAGCCUGCUAACCACGCCUUCUCCAGGAGAAGAGCCGAUGACCACCCCAAUCCUGCAGACCACUGAAGCCCUGUCCCCCAAAGCCGAGGCCAGCACAGCACUCAUAGCAGUUGUUAUCACCGUGGUCUUCCUCACCCUGCUCUCGGUCGUGAUCUUGAUCUUCUUUUACCUGUACAAGAACAAAGGCAGCUACGUCACCUACGAACCUGCAGAAGGCGAGCCCAGCGCCAUCCUCCAAAUGGAGAGUGACUCAGCCAAGGGCAGGGAGAAGGAGGAAUAUUUCAUCUAAUGACUCCCGGGCCCCAAGGAGCUUAUCCAGGCUCCGGUGUUAACACACUAUUUAAUUUAUUAGGCGCAAGUUUUAUCUGAAACCAGUGAGCAGCACUGAUCGAUAUAGGCAAACCUGAGCUCUUUCUAGGACACAGGCCCAAAUGAAUGCCAGCGUCACUGACACCAGGGACACAGAGGAAACUGCUCAUGAUGUCAUUAGCCAGGCCUUUCUAAUAUAGCGGGUUUCUGUGGCUGCCCAAGAAGGUGGAGCUGUACCCGACAACAUGAGUAUGUGCCCAAUCAUCUUCAGUGUUUUCAAGGUCGAAGGGAAGGACAGUUAAGAGUCGCUGGCUGCUCCCCUAUCCCUUACCUGGUCAACUAGUUGACAGCCUGAGCAGAGAUAGUGUCCAUACUAGUUCUUGCCAGGUGCUGGAUACCACAGCAAAAGGCCAGACCAGGAGGGACAGACUAUGGAGACCUCACCUCCUGAUGAAUGUGCUCCAUCUCCUGAGCCUUCUUCCUUUCCAUAUUCCCCAACAACCUUACACUGAUGCUACUAUUUUUUUCACAAUUAAAAAUGUUUAUUGAUAAUAGAAAUCCGA